GAUACGAAUUGACUUAAGAACUCUUUUUUCAAAUGCAUCAUACAAGAUAACUGAUCAAAAUAUUUUCUCGUUCAACAGGCCCUUACUUUGAACACAUUCAGUGAACUUGCUGAGCUGAGCAUGUUGUAUCCCAUGCCCACAUUAAUUUUUCCUUUUUUAUUCGCCUUAGGGCUAACACCAUAAUUUCGUGCAAUUUCUGAAUUCUGCGAACACGCUUCUCUAACGAUAAUUCGACUACAAAAUCCCCGAAAUGGCAUCAAGGAAAGGAUUUGAAGUGUUUGUUUCUAAAUUGCCAUGGACUGUCGGUGUGCAGGAGCUGCGAACCUAUUUUUCUCAAUUUGGACCUGUGAGGAAUUGCAGAAUAGCCUUUGAUGAUUCAACUGGUUUCUCUAAAGGGUUUGGUUUUGUUAGCUUUAGUAAUACAUCAGGAAUCCAAUCAGCUCUGAACAAAGAUCAACACAUACUGGAUGGACAAAAGGUGAAUGUGCAAGCCAAACAGAGCUCCUCACCAGCUGUGAAGAAAUUACAGAUAUCAGAUGUGAUGGAAAAUGGACAUUGAUACUUUCAGAUGGUUGGAUGCUCAUUUGAACAAUUAUGAGGAACUCGCUCAAAUAUUGAUGAGUAACUCACUGAAAUAUUGAUGAGGAACUGGUUCACCCAAAUAUUGAAGAAUAACUCGCUCAAAUAUAGAUGAGUAAAUUGCUCAAAUAUUGAUGAGUAACUCAAUCAAAUAUCGAUGAGUAUGAACUUAUUCACAGUUUUUUUUUGGUGAUUUUACAAACAGGCACAAACCUAAUUUUUUGGUAAGAUAUUUGAAAUUGAGGUUUUUGCAUAUGAAAGUCCAUCAUUAACUCUAUUGAAUUACUUCAGAACAUAUUCAAAUUUCGUACAAAACGGCACAUACCCCUCUGAUUUUACGAACCAGCCUGAACCAUUGUUUCUGUACUGUAGCAGUCUAUGGGAUGACACUCAGAGGUCAAUAACCUGACCUAGAUGUUGCAUAUAUGCAUUGAAUGAUUUUACGAAUCGGCACAAACGGUGGUUUGGCUAAAAGCUCAGUAUUUAACAAUGUGCAUGAUUUUACGAAAUGGCACAAACCUGAUUUUCGUAAAAAUAAACAGUUCCUAAAAUGCAUACAUGCACUUCAUUUCAAAUAUUGGAGAAAGAAAUUUAUUUGCGGACAAAAUUUUGUAUAUUACAAAAGAAUAGAUUGUAAGUUUUCAAUUGGUUUGAGUAAUUGCUCUGGUUUCUUUCAAAGCGUGAAGUUAUGAGCAUCUGAAAAACAUCCGAACUUUGAACGCGAAUAUCUGGAAAUAGUAUAUUGGAACCAAGGAAGGUUUUGUGCCGGUUCGUAAAAUCACUGACGAUUUAUGAUGGACCCGUGUCCAGGUGGAAGGCCAUAUUGCCAUCGUGCACUCCUUUUAAUUGUCUUCCAGAGCCAACUUUUAUCAAAAGGAGUAAAGAGUUUCUCUUAUUGAACCAGCUGCAUGGGUAAUGUGUGUUUUAAGGACAAAUAGAUUGUAUCUAUGCUCUACCUGUAUUUUGCAAAUUUGGUCUCGACAUAAUCAAGGGGGGUUUUGUGUAUGUGUAUUCUGACUCUAAUACACACUUGAUCUCGGUCUCGAUCUCUACUCAAGAACUGGGCAUGACUGCUUGGCUUGGAGUCACAAUCGCAACUCGGUGACUUUAUUCUCCACUAAACUAAAACAUGUUAUACAGUGUACAUGGUUACAUAAUAUUUUCUGAGUGGCAUGGUGAUAAUGGGGGUAUAGACCAGGGGCCCGUCUUACAAAGAGCUAUGAUUGAUCCAAUCAAUCGUAAGUCUAUGGAAAUCCAUCAGUUACAUAAUUUUUUCCUCAGGAAAUUUGCACAAAGUCCUUUGUAAACAAAGAGAAGCACAGUGAAUUUUCAAGAAAACAAUGAAUGCAUGAAUAUACAUCAUAGUUAGAAAAUAUUUCGAACAAACAUGCAUAAUAGAUAUUGACAUUGCUGGCCGUCCAUAGUUGUGAUUGAUCGGAUCAAUCGCAACUCUUUGUAAGACGGGGCCCAGAUGGAUAGAACGAGGGGUUGUUUAUGAUGGGGGUAAUACAGUAUGGUCAAUGUUUACACACUUGGUCUGGGGAUGGAAGGAAUGUCAUUAUCACCGUGGGACAAUAAGGAGUGGUGGUCGGGUUGGGGAACAUAAUGUAAGUUGCAAUAUAUACACAUGAUUAUACAGACACAAUACGGGGAGAUGAAGGCCUUUUAUAGGGUGAAUUUAGUAAUUUAGGGUUAAACGAACAUCGGGUGAUUCUUGAAAAAUUAAAAUAUUACCCCCCCCCCCCAGGUAAAAAUUGACUUAAAUUUGUACGAUACUCCAUAAAUUAAAUGAAACAAAAAGAAGCUCUGAGAUGUAUGUAAUGAUGCAAGUUUAAUUUGUCUACAUGUGAAGAUGUACAAUCGGACCCAUUGUGGAUAAAUGAAAGACUCCAUACCAUCUCAGAGAGAUCUUGGUGGUCACCCUCCUGGGCUUCAACCCUGCAAUGACCAAGCAAAUGCAAUCUAUUAUAAGAGCAUCGGUGGUAGCUGGAAAUAUUCGAUAUUCCGAUCGUAAAUAGGGUCCAUUUAAAAACUAAUUCAAGCACUGUAUAGGAAAAUUGUGAAGUGGAUAUCCGGAUUGCACUUAAUAAAUGAUUUUGACCUAGGACCAGGGCAUUCUAAGGACAUUUUCUCAUCAUAUGAAAAAUUAUGACUAUCUUCCUAUAAGCGCGAGAUAAUGCUUGUCGAUAUUCCUUUCCCAAAAAAGGGACAAUUUAAUUAUUAGCAAUUUAUGAAAAUAUUGUUAUCUUAUUUAUCAAUGUAAUGAACCCAAUGAAAGCGCGAGAUUUGAUGAUAUUAAUGCCUGAAAACUGGACAUUUUAAAACACUUUUGUAAUUAGGAAUAGGAAGCAUGUGUUUAUAUAUAUAUAUAUAUUUAACAUUUAAUGCGAGCGCAAAUCGCGAAAAGAAAAUAAAACGGACAUUUACAGAUCACUGUUUGUAAUUUUGUAAAUUUGUAAAUCAAACAAAAUAAUGAAAGCUCAAUGUCCGAGCUAAAAUACGUUUUGUAUAUUGACUUCAAAACUUGACAUUUUAAGGCCCAUAUCAGCCUAUUCAUUUAGCAAGAUAUGUAUCUCAUCGAACUUGCAAUGCGAGCGCAAAUUUAAUAUUGUGAUAUAAAGAUUUUUCAAAAUUAUUUUCCAGGGGAGCGUUUUAUCAACAUUUUCGUCCGACAAUUUGUCAGAUCUGACAUCUUUCCUUUAAUCUGAUUGGCUAAGAAGCACUGUUACUAUGGUAACUGUCGGAUAAAAUGGGACUUUGUCGGAAACACUCCCCUGAUAUUCCCCUCACAUUAUUUCAUUCAUUCGUCUUCCUCCUCUUUUUCUUUUUUCCUCUUCUUUUUUCUCCUCUCUUUUCCCUUCUUUUUCUUCCCCCCUAUUUCUCCCCCUUUUUUAUCCGCCAAUAGGGGGAAUGCGCCAGGCCCCUCGCCCCCUGGAUCCGCCUAUAUGGAUUUUUCAAUUUCACUUUUAGGUCUGGUCUGGGUCUUCAAGGCACGUAGGAUUAUUCUUACAAUUUUUCCCCCUUCAUUUAGGAACACUUGUUCUCAAAGAUAAGGAACGCAAUCAGAACAUCAACAGAACAAACUAGAAAAGAAAAGGGGCAUUUAUUAAAAGUAUAUGAAUAAGGGUAUAUUGAAAUAAGGCAUUUAAUCCUACUCUCCCUUUCCCUACUUUUUUCUUAUCUUCUAUUCUUUACAUUCGUUUUCUUUCCCUCUCUUUCGUCCUUUCCUUUUCCCUAAUUCCCUUCUCUUUCUUCCUCCUUUCUCCUUCUUUUUCUUUCCCUCUCUUUCGUCCUUUCCUUUUCCCUAAUUCCCUUCUCUUUCUUCCUCCUUUCUCCUUCUUUUUCUUUCCCUCUCUUUCGUCCUUUCCUUUUCCCUAAUUCCCUUCUCUUUCUUCCUCCUUUCUUCUUCUUUUUCUUCCCCCUCUCUAUUCCCUUCUCUUUUUUUUUGUUGGGAAGGGGGGUGGGGGGGGGGGGUGCUCUAGCUCUGGUGCCUUGUGCAUAGGAUGUUUCGUAAAUUAAAAAAAAAAAUUAUCAAAGUUACUUAGCUCCGCCUCUAGUAGUGAAGUCCACCUCAACAAAAUUGGUUUGAAUAAACAGAAAAAAUGCAACAAUCAUAACGCUGAAAACUUGAUUAAAAUCGGAUGUGAAAUAAAAAAGUUACGCCAUUUUUAAUUUUCGAAUUUUCACAAAAUAGUUAUGCAUAUCCUUCUUGUAGACCAAUGACGAAAAAGAUGACGUCAUGCACUCACUAGACAUUUUGUAUUCUACUUUCAGUUUUAUAUGAAAUAACAAAUAUUUAAAUUCAUUCCUCAUUAUAAAGCAUAAAAAAUAAGUUUAUUUCUCCAUAGACAUUUAGCAUUGCUGUAAUUGUGAUUAAAUGAAGAGCUUCCUUUUUGUCAAAUUUGCAAAAAAUAAAAAUAUUAUAUAAUACAUUUAAUGAAAUAUUAAAUGAAUAAUGUUCGUGUGAUACCAUCUCUCUCAUUUAUUGCAUAUCACCGUGCUGUGCAUAAGUUAAGUUUAUUAAAAAAAUAAGCGAUUGUUUGAUGUCAUCAUUAUUUAUAUCAGCCAUGUUCAGCUCACCGCAAGGUGAAGGCCUCCUCAAGUUGGUGCCAAAAUGUGCUUGUCUUGUGCUGAUGCAAUCCACUUUAUGCCAAUGAACUUUGGGAGCUUGUCACUCCAUUUCAGUUUUUGUCUACCCCGAUUUUGUGAUCCUAUAUAGCCAUGGUCUCCAUUCUGUGAUGCGUUUGGUCCAUCUAUAUCAAGAGAUCUUGCAAGGUGGCCAGCUCAUCACCAUUUCAUUGUUUUAAUUGCUUUGAUUUAACUAUGUCUAUUACUCUAGUCUGGCUCCUAAUUCAUUGUAUGGUUUUUCU